UUCUUCUGUUCAUGCCCAAGGGUCCUGACUCCUGUCCCUAGUAGUAAUUGGCUCCAAGUAUUUUCCUUUUUUUUUUCUUUGGGCUUCUUUCUUAUCAUCAUCUGUCUGCCUUGUUUGUGAUUGUUAAUUGUAUUCUCGCAAAAGAAGGGGUUUCUGGGAGGUCAGAUCAUUAUGUAUUUUGUUCAUUUUCUCUGCUUCCUAAAUAAAUUCAUGUGCAAUUUGCUUUCUUUUCUUCAUUUCAUUUGGUUAUGGAUGAUUGAUACCAACAACUCUAUCAAAUAUACCAAGACUCACUCACACUAGUAUGAGUAUCAACCUUGCCAUGGAAUCAAUUAGGCUCCACCUCAUUCUCCAAAAUGGAUUUAUGUUCAUAACCAUACAAGAAUCAAACUCACUUCUUGGCCUCUCGAAUAGGAACCGCACCACCACUGGAGAAUCAAUUUCCUGAAAGAUCACAUGUAGCUCUUGCAACUUGUAUGAUCCACAACUGUUGCAGCGAACCAACUUUUUUCAUGGUCCAAACUUCAAAGAUUCGCAUAAAGUCUCUGCCAUUCCCCCAAAGGAGUUUUCAGUCAACAAGACGACAGUGGAGAAUAGCCUUUGCCUUGGACACAGGUGGGAUUCCCGAUGAGGGUGGGCAAGAGGGCAUCAAUGGCAACAACUCUAAUCUCAAUGCCACCCGGUUGGGUCGGAUAGUGACUGCAGGUGGGAGACAGCUACUGGAGAAGCUGAAUUUAGCCAGGAAAAAUUUUCCCAUGAAAAUAUUUCUUCUUCUUUUGGGUUUCUACACGGCAAAUGCGUUGGCUACAAUCCUGGGGCAGACCGGGGAUUGGGAUGUUUUGGUUGCGGGUAUAGUGGUUGCUGCCAUUGAAGGUAUUGGCAUGCUAAUGUAUAGAAAGCCCCCCUCUCAAUCGAGUGGGAGGCUCAAGUCGUUUGUCAUGAUGGUAAAUUACUGGAAAGCAGGUGUUUGCCUAGGCCUCUUUGUGGAUGCUUUUAAAUUGGGUAGUUAAAGGUGCUUCUACAGUUGUACCCACCUCAAGUUUGGAAGAUGGAGAUUUACUACUGAACUUGUGUUUUUAACGCCCUUUAUCCGUCGGUAGAAUGUCCAGUCCAGACCCACCUUUAUUGUAAGAUGACCAAUCUCAACUAAAUUUUUGCGAAUGAAAGUUUGCCCUGUACAUGCAGCGCUCAGUUUAAUGUACAUAGCUACUGUCUUACUAAAUGAAUCCUGCAUAAACAAA